GCUGCACAAAAAGCAGGAAGCAGACAGAGCCCCGUAUGCGGUUAGCUCGGAGCUAAAGCUAAAAACACUUUGUUAAAAUGUCCAAAGGCCAAACGCUGAGAGCUUUGGUGAAUGAGCGGCUGACUGCGGCUGCUGAAGAGAUCUUUGCGCUGUUUGAAAGAACGAUAGCGGAGUAUGAGGAGGAACUGUGUCGCUCCAAAGAGGAGAACCAGAGGAACCAGGACACUCCACAGACUCCACGGAUUAAAGAGGAGCCAGAGGAGCAGAGCGUCAAACAGGAGGAAGACACGCUCCCAGCACAGCUCCCAGUGGGCGUCCCAGAGUCCAGUGCUGUCUGUGUGAAGACAGAAGAGUCCUCACUGCUUCAUCAUAGACAAACUGAGCACAGAGAGGAAACACAGGGAGAGGACAUCAGCACAGAGCCACAUUUACACUCAGAGACUGAGGGACACAUGGAGCACUCCUCUGACACUGACAAUGAUGAAGACUGGAGCGCUCCAUUCAGCUGUUCAGCUGCAAAGAUGGAGACGGAUGCUGAUGGAGACCACUGCAACCAAGUCCAGAUCAGAGCCAGAAACUCUGCUGCACCAAACUCAGGCCUAUCCUCCAAAUACAAGUCUGCACCAGAGACCAGUGCCACUGUGAACUAUGGAGACAUGUCAGGAACAGCCCAAGGAGCUGACAAGAAGAAACAUCAGUGCUCUGUGUGUAAGAAGAGGUUUGGGACUAAGCAGAUUUUACAAAGACACAUUAGAGUUCACACAGGCGAGAGACCAUUCAGCUGUUUAAUUUGUACGAAAACAUUUACAGAAAAGAGUCAUCUAGAUAGACAUAUAAAAAUACAUACGGGAGAGAGACCUUAUAGCUGUUUAACCUGUAAGAAAACAUUUACCCAAAAAGCCAGUCUAGAUUACCAUGUAAUGAUACACACAGGAAAUAAACCAUUCAGCUGUUCAACCUGUGAGAAAACAUUUUCCCAAAAAAGUAAUCGAGAUGCACAUUUGAGAAUACACACAGGUGAAAGACCUUACAGCUGUUCCAUCUGUAACAAAGGUUUUGCCCAAAGCUCCAAUUUGAAAACGCACAUGAGAACUCACAGAACAGAAACUGACUGAAGGCUAAUUGAUUGUGUUCAUGAUAUGUUUUAAAGAGCCUAGAAUUGUGUGUUGGAGUCUGCUGCUAACAACUCAAAAUGCAAAUGUUUGGACCUGUUGUCUGUGGUUAAACCUCCUGGACCUGAUUUUGAACCAUAACAGAAACAACCUUCUGAGCCACAGCAGCUGCUUAUACACUUUUACAACGCACUGCAUGGUGUGAAGCCCCUUUUCCUGAACUAUAAGAAGAACUCCUCAAAUCUACAGAGGCUUUCAAAACAUAAAUGACUGAGGUUGUUUUCACACUGCCUCUAGUUAGGUUGACAUAAAAGACCAUUCGCUCUUAAGAGUGGUGCUUGGGCUGAUGGGAAUGUGACAAUCGCACUCAGGACCGCAGUAAAUGGCUGCUCCGAGAGUGCUUCAAACAGGAGGUCUCAGAGAGUCUCCAUUCGCACUCUGGAGCACCCAUUCAUCUCAAAUAUAUGACAUUUGUCUGACGCAAUUUGGAUUAACUUAAUAUCAGCGACAGUUUCCUGGGUCUGUCUGCGCGGGUGAGCCCAGAUCAGUCUGUGCAGGUGAGCCCAGGUCGGUCUGUGUGUCAUUCUAAAAGCUUUUUCUCCUCCUCCACCAGCGCAUACAGUCCUCACAGUGUGUUUAUCCACAGGGGAAAGAAAAAACCUCUAUGUACAGGAGAAUGUGUGUGUGUGUCCGUGUGUUCACAAGGCUCUGUCCACUUGAAGCUCGCUGAUCAGCUUAUGGACUCUGAUGGUGUUUGGGGUGAAUGAUGCUCGCUGCGAACAAGACCAACUUAAAAGUUAAGUAAACCGAACUAAAUCUAGAGCUACUGGGGGGCGCUCCACAGAGCCACAAACAUGUGUGAAAACAACCUCAGAAUCAGUUUUGUUGCUACUGUCAAUGAACAAAAUUCACAAACAGGAACUUGCUUUGACAUUUACAACAUGAUACAAAGAAUAAUAUUGAAAACUAUCAUAG